AUGUCCACCACUAGUACUAUGUGGCUGGGUGAGAUCAGGCAUGAUAUGUGUACCUCGUCAUGGGUGGGAUGGGGGAAACGGAAGAUAACGCAUGUGACAUAUGUGGAGCAGACGAACCGUUAUGGCGGUGUACCUCCUGCUUUGCAACACCAAGCCUUUGUUCGACAUGCUGCCGCGACAUUCAUCACCGUCACCCCCUUCAUCGAGUUGAAAUGUGGACAGGGAGAUUUUACGAACCGUCGUGGCUCUGGAAACUAG